GUAUACUCAAAAUCACUGGAUCAACCAAAGUAUCAGUUUUUAAAAGGUUUACUCGAUUCCGUGGAUGGUGUUGAAUAUUUUCCAUUUACGGAACACGAACAAGUGCUACCACCAAACGAGGCACGCCGCAAUUCAAUAAUUAUUUACGAUGAUAUAGCUUGCGAGAAACAAGAUAACAUGAGGACCUUCUUUAGUAUGGGGCGACACAGAGAUGAUGACUGUUUCUAUCUUUGUCAGACCUACGCUCGCAUUCCCAAACAUCUCGUACGCGAUAAUGCUAAUUUGCUUGUGCUCUUUAAGCAGGAUGAAAUGAAUCUCAAGCACGUUUACGAUGAUCAUGUAAACACUGAUAUGACGUACGUGCAGUUCAGAGACGUAUGUUCGGCAUGCUGGAACGAGAGGAAAUGUGGGUUUCUCGUAAUAGACAAGGAUAGCGAACUCAACGAGGGUCGAUAUAGAAAAGGAUUCGAUUGCUUCGUGAGCAUAAAAGAGUGAUUAUCGAAAAAAUGGAUACAGUAGCAUUUUGGAUUCAGUGAUUGCAACAUGCAGCGUGAAAAACUUGAAGAGCAGAAAAACAUCUUGCGUCAAAUCGC